AUGACUCCACCCCGACCUUCCACGGUGUUUCUGCGGCUAGCUGUCUUGAUAAUGCAGCACAACUUCGGUUGCUGGGCGCAGUCUUCCAUUGGGCUGAAGGUGCCAGGGUCAGUGGACGCCACUGCAGGACACUCCGCAGUCUUGCAAGCUGACUUCGACACAACAAAACGUAUCGCCUCUGUAGUAUGGACCAAAGUCGACUCAAUGGACAAAAUGAAAAGAACCCAGGUCUUUACCUACUGGCCUCAUUUCGACUCCUCCACGGCUCAUGGGGAUUAUAACGGACGCGCAAGGCUUGAUGUCCAAGGUGAGGCGUCAUUGGUCAUUGAUGACGUCACGGAAGAAGACGAGGGGACGUACAUCAUCACAGUAUCGGCAGAGGGACUUCCUAGUGAAGAGGCGUUUGUUGAUCUCAGGGUGUUGGUUUCCCCCUCCGUGUCGGUAGGACCGUCUGAUCCUUACGUCACUUCCUGGGGCAGAGGUGUCACCCUGACAUGCGCAGUGAGAAACGCGAAGCCCAACGUCACAAACAUCUACUGGCAGAGAAAUGGCGCCGUGAUUGACAGCAGACAGUUCGACACCAAGUAUUCUGGCGGGAAUCUGCAACAGCCAGACUUGGUCAUACGUCACGUGACUAGAGGUGACAAAGGCGUGUACAAAUGUAUCGCUGAUCACGUGGUUCGGACCAGCAGCGACACUCUCAGCUUGGUUGUUCUGUAUCCGGCCACCAUUGUGAGCAUCUCUGACUCCCAGACCGUGAAUACAGACGAUAGGGUGAAGUUUCAGUGCGUUGCCGAGGGCAACCCGCCCCCAAACAUCACGUGGACAGUGAAUGGCAUGCGCGUGCGCUCUACGACAAGUAAGAUGACACGUGACGUGCGCACGGGCACAGUUGUUCUGGACAGAGUGCGGCCAAACGCAACAGGAACGUACGUGUGCACAGUCAGCAAUAAAGUUGGGGAGAGCCAUGUAAAGUCAUUACAACUUAAUGUCAAAGCGUCUUUACGAGGUGAUGCGAGCAGCGCGGUAGCUAUAGCUAUCUGGGUGGGCGCCAUUGCCGGAGGUCUGUGGUUCGUGAUCUGUCUGGGACUGGUGGUGUACUUCAUACAGCGGAGGAGAAACAAGGAAGACAAGAAACGGUUCUCCUUCUACUACAACAUGGGGCGGAGGGAGCAGGGACGGCUGGAGGAGAGGUUUGGGGAGGAGACGUUAGAAGUCACCAGACAUCCUCAUCUCAAAUUACCCUUCAGAAGAUACGCCAGAGUUCUGCACCCAUACCACCCUCAGGAGGGAAACGAACUUUACUUAGAGGCAGAUGACGUCAUCGAGGUGCUGGAGGGGGAAGAUGGCGGCUGGUGCCUGGGUUACCUGAGGGGCAGGAUAGGCCUGUUCCCCUCCAACUACGUCAAGUUCCUGUCCGCGUCACAAGUAUCAGCAGCAAAGCUGAGGGAACUUCCCGACGGCGCAAAAGGUCGAUGGGCAGACGGAAGUAAAGGUUCUCCUUAGACUAGCGCCUGAUCUGUAAAGGGGUUGAAAGUUAACUUUGCUCAAAAGACGCCAAUCCUCAAGACUCUUAGGGAAAAAUAGAGAACUCGAUACUUCGAAACAUACCCAUUAAGGUCUGGUAUCUACGAAGUAGAUACUUCCUUCUUAAGUGUCAGAUAGUUACAA